AUGCCGGGAGGAGAGUCAACGCGACGGUCAAGAAGAACAAAUCUAGGACAACCACCACGUCGACUCGGAGAAGAAGAAGAAACCUUGGAACAAGACAGCAACAGAACUGUUCGAUUUCGCGACGAAAACCUCGAAGAAAUUAUCGACAACAGAACUGCCCAAGUUGAAAUGGAUCAAGGGCAAGGUGCAGCACCACAACAGGGUGCAGACGCGAAUGCAGCAAACCAAGGAAACAACCAGAAUGUUGCAAACAAUCCGGCACAAGCCGCUGGGAACAAUGCGGGUCAAGCAGUGACCCCACAGUUACGCCAAGUGAUUGCGACUGAAAUUGCGAAUGCGAUAGGGCCGCUAAUGCAACUGCUCCAAGGACAACAGCAACAGCCGCCACAGCAAGCCCAACCUCAAGCACAACAGCAACCACCAGCGCCACAUCAGCAGCAGCAGCCACCAGCACAACAGAUCCAAGGACAGCAGCAACAGCCGCCACAGCAGGCACAACCGCUAGCGCAACAACAGCCUCUAGCGCAACAACAGCCUGCACAACAACAGCUGCCGCCACUACAAAAUCCUCCGGUACCGCAACCACAACCAGCUGCUGCCGCCGCAGUCCAACAACCACAAAUUGUAAUGGCGUCAAUGUCCACCUUUCCACAAGGGACCGACCCAAUGAUUGAUCCCAAGGAUCCUGUGCAUGGUCGCCUUAAUCGGAGUAUGUAUAACGAGGCCAAGGAGGAACUCAAGACCAAGAUUGACGGGAAGAACUUGAGCAUGGUUAUCUCGGAACUCAGGGAGAGAUGCAGUGCAAUCAACUGCACGGACCUAUUCAACGUUGUCACCACAAAUGGGACAAAGAAUUUACUCAAGCACUAUGGAGAGAUCACAUUCGAGCCAUGA